AUGGUCGUAUCGAUGGCCUCAUUGAUGGGUGACCGUGAAUUCUCAGCUCGAUGCUCGGCGGUGUUCGACUAUGAUAAGUUGAAUGAGCUUAUGCGGUCGAUUUGCUGUAAUUGGGAGAUGAUGAAUGAGAAGGAUCCCAAGGUUAAAGAGAUGGAGAAGAAGGCGAGAGGUCGACAAUCGGCAGGUCUGGUGGAUAAGGAUCAUUCAAUGCUGUUUAUAGAGGAUGGGGAGAUACAUAUAAUCCUGGCCAAGGAGGAGCAUCCGGAGUUCGAUUUUUCCGGAGCGGAGUUCAACGGCAACGUACCCAGUGCGAGGGAAUCCAUGGACGGGGUACAGUAUAAAUGA